AAUUAGGUAGCUACGUGUAGACCGCGUAGGGUAAACAGGGGUUGCUUAGCAACCAAUCGAAACAAACAAAACUGCUAACCUACAUCCUCAAGUUAACUAAAACAAUGGAUAUAGACUACCGAAUCAUAAACCUAUACAAAACAAAACAAUACACGGAAUGUUUAACACUAUGCGCUACAGCGCUACAAGGGAAGGACGACCGUAUGCUAGAGUUCAUACAGAUGCGAGCUAUGACGAUACAGGCCAAGAUUGCGGGGAAUGGAUAUGAGGAGGUGGAGUAUGUACCUCAGCAGGAUGAGUUGACUAGCACAGCUGUGGCGAAGACGCCGCGGCCUGGGACGUCCUUUCAGAGGAGUGCUAGGACUGCUCAGAAUAUUAGAACAGCUACAGCAACUUUAAAGACCCGUGCCGGUACCAGCACGGCCCGCGCCCGUACCGCCCGCAGUGCGCUCAACACCGCUUCUCGUGCCUCCAGGGCAGCCACAGCCCUCGCUGGAGCACCCUUCACCUUCACCCCGACCGUCCCACUGUCGCUGAGAUUCGUGGAUAAGGAAAACAAAAUGUUUACACCUUCAGCAAAGACUCUCUUUGAAUAUGUCUACUACUGUGAAGGAGAUGUUCGUAAGGCAAUAGAAAUAGCAUUCCAAGCCCAAAACGUGGACGAGACCACAGACUGGUGGUGGCACUUCUCCCUCGCCCGGUGCUACUCCACUCUGGGCAUGUUCCGAAACGCGGAGGACUGUCUGCGGCAGGCGCUGAAAGUGAACAAGCACGUGGCGAUAUAUCUGCGGCUGAUCGCGAUGUAUGUGGGGCUCAAUCAGCCGCUGUCGGCGUUGGAAGUCUGCAAGCAGGGUUUGUCCGUGUUCCACUCGUACCCACCGCUGCUGCUGGAGCAGGCCAGGAUCCACGAGCAGAUGGGCAACUCCACGCUGGCGGUGCAAGAGUACCGCGUGGUGGCGCUCGAGGAUCCAACCAACAUGGAGGCUGUGGCCAGCAUUGCGAUGUUCAACUUCUAUAAUGACCAGCCGGAGAUUGCUUUGAGAUACUACAGGAGGUUACUAGCGACGAAUCCACCAGGCGCAGAGAUCUACAACAACCUGGCUCUGUGUUGCUUGUACUGCAACCAAUGGGACCUCACGCUGCCCUGCUUCAGGCAAGCACUGUACUUCUCCACCAAUCCGGAAACACGCUCCAAUAUCUGGUUCAACUUGGCGCAUGUAGCUUUGUCCACAGGAGACAUGGUGCUGGCACGGCGGUGCCUGCAGGUGAGCCUGGCCACAAACUCCGAGAACGAACCCGCACGGCACGCACUGAAGACCUUGGAUACUCGGCUGCGUGCACGCAAAGACAAGUGAACAUCAUAUACCAAAACCAGCAUCACCAACUAGCAACUUUCAAGAGAAAGAGAAAGGGCGUUGGUGUAGUUUCUUUUGGUAGAUCAAUGGGCAUGCGGCAUGCUUAUCGCGGAAAGGAAUAUCUCACUAUCUGCCGCUCUAUUAGGUACCUACCUACAUGUUCCGGCGAGAAAAGAAAUUACGAUUUUGCUCGUAGAACCUACUUAUUCGACUUAAUUCUUACAACAAUAGGGUCAUUACUCAUUACACUCAUUACUCUCACAAACGAAUGUCAGAAACGAUACGAAUUAAUGAGCUAGAGCUCAAUUUUAAUAUGAGAAGGAUA